UCAGGUCGGGCGAGCGAACAGGCAGUCGUUGCACAGGCACCGAACACACCGGACAGACCUCGCCGUCGAGGUAGUGGCCGGCUCUACCAGCUCGCGCUCGACGCGAAAGAGAAAGAAAGACACCAGAUUCGAAUUCAGCCGGACAGACCGUUGUCGUCAACAAUGGUAGUGGCCGAAAAAUCAGCAGCCAACCCCAAAGCGAGCAACACAAUGCUCUGGGUGCAGACCUCCCCGCUGCAAGUGCAGUGUGAAGUGCAUGAGAAGGGCACCGAAUGGUACUACAUUCCACGUCCAUCUCUGUCUUCGCGGGCAUCGAGUCGUCGCGAUUCCGAGGACAACUCGGACAAACAUAGCUGGAGCAACACUUCCAGGCACUCUAGUCUCGGCUACUCGACGCACCCGGGGGUACAUGGCAACGGCGGCGCCUCCUCGUCUUCCACCUCGUCAGCCAGUUCGCAGCUAAGCGGCAACAGCGGUCAUCCCUUAGUAACUGCGCCCACGUGGCUGCCCCCUCAUCCCCCAGCACUGAUCGUCAAGGACGAAAUUCACAAGCAGGACGUGGAAUCAGGUGGCGAAAUCGGAACCAUCAGCAAAAGAUGCGAUGGCGACAGUAUUUCGUUGGCCUCCUCAACGCACUUCACCAUGAUCGGGGGUGUCAGCGUCAAGGGGCGAAGAAGAAGCCGCUGCUGCAGCCAAUCUCAUCGCAUCACUGUUCUCGUUCUUACCAUGAGUUUCAUUUUCCUACUAGGCAUCACUAUCGCAUGCAUCCUUAUGGAAAUGCGAGUUAAGGAAUACAACGCGCGGUGAUAUGAUUCCGAGUGGCUGUUUGGACAAAGAGUGCUGUGGAGUUUAAGCUCGAUAUUCUGAGUGCUAAAGCUAUAAUGCUGCUUCAACUGAAAUGUGCUGUAAUAUUUAUUUUGAAUUGAUACUGUUAAGAUAAUUUAUAUAAAAUAAUAGAUGCGACUGCAAAAUUAAAAAUAAUGCAUUGUAUUCAAAUCAA